AUGAAUUUUGACAACUUCCCAGCACCAGAUCUGUCUCCAAAGAACAUCAAGAGGUACCUAGUCACUCGAGUCACUUCUUUGAAGCCUCCAAAGCUCACGGUUGAGGAAAAAAAGCACAUCAACCCGAUUCCUGCCCUUCGACUUCUGAACAGGAAGCAGUGGUUGUUUGUAGCUGUGGGAUUCUGUGGCUGGGCUUGGGACUCGUUUGAUUUCUUUUCUGUGUCGCUGGUUGCAUCUGAAAUUGCUGAGAGUCUCCAUGUGUCUGUCACAAGUAUCACCUGGGGUAUCACUCUUGUGCUCAUGUUGCGAUCUGUUGGAGCUGUCAUCUUCGGAAUGCUGUCGGAUCGUUUUGGACGAAAAUGGCCCUUCAUCACCAACUGUGUCUUGUUUAUUGUCCUGGAAUUGGGCACCGGGUUUGUACAGACAUAUAAGCAGUUCCUUGCCGUCAGAGCUCUGUUUGGAAUCGCAAUGGGGGGUAUCUACGGCAUGGCAGCAGCUACAGCCCUCGAAGACUGCCCAGUACAGGCCAGAGGAGUCAUUUCGGGACUGCUACAGGAAGGCUAUGCAUUCGGAUACUUGUUGUGUGUCGUGUUCACCCGAGCCAUUGCCGAUACUUCUCCUUUUGGGUGGCGCGCUCUUUUCUGGUUCGGUUCGGGUCCUCCUGUUCUCAUCAUCAUCUUCCGACUAUGUCUUCCUGAAACCGACACCUAUCUUCUUUCUAAAAAGAACGCAGCAGAGGCCGAAGGUAUUGAAAAGAACUUCUGGCGAGGCAUCAAGAUGACCUUCAAGACGUACUGGCUCAUGUUUGCCUACCUGGUUGUUCUCAUGGGGGGCUUCAACUUCAUGUCUCAUGGCUCACAGGACUUGUAUCCGACCAUGCUCAAGAAACAGCUUGGAUUCAGCGAAGACCGAUCUACUGUUACCAACUGUGUGGCCAACUUUGGAGCUAUUGCCGGUGGCCUUGUUGUGGGUCACGCUUCUUCUUUCUUUGGAAGACGACUGUGUAUCAUGAUCUCUUGUGUGAUAGGGGGAGCGCUGAUCUACCCUUGGGCCUUUGUCACCAACAGUGGAAUCAAUGCUGGAGUCUUCUUUCUGCAGUUUUUUGUCCAGGGAGCCUGGGGAGUCAUCCCUAUUCAUCUUACAGAGCUUGCCCCUCCGGUCCUUCGAUCGUCAAUGGUAGGGGUGGCUUACCAGCUGGGUAACCUGGCUUCUUCUGCUUCUUCAACCAUUGAAGCCACUAUUGGAGAAACAUUUCCCCUUUAUGACAAAUUCGGAAACGAAAAACCAGGAGUGUACAAUUACAGUCUGGUGAUGGCCAUUUUGAUGGGUUGUGUCUUCUUUUUUGUGCUUUGUGUCACGUUUCUGGGUCCAGAAAACAGACAAGCAGAGAUGAUCUCUGGAGGCUCUGAGCAGGAUAAUGCCUACGAGAGGAAGCUCGAAGAGAUGGAGGACGAAGAGAAAGGGGUCACUGAGAACAUUGAAAGACGUUCUUCGAGCGAUACUCGAUAA